AUGUGUCGGAAUCAAUUUGUGUCCGUGAAUUACAAAGAUACACAACUAAGCAAAACAUUGUCUUGGCUUCUAAGACAUGGGGCUGUUAAAGAGGGAUUAACAAUAAGUUCAGAAGGUUAUGUAUCUACAUUAGACAUUUUACAACACAAAACCUUGAGAGGUAAAUACAAUCUUGCAGAUAUUGAAAGAGUUGUUAAUAAUAAUAGUAAGAAAAGAUUCAAAUUAAGAUUGAAUGUUGAGAAAAAUGUUCAUGAGAUAAAAGCAAAUCAGGGUCACUCCAUUAAGAAAAUUGAAGAUAAAGAAUUAAUAUCAAUAUUAGAGCCUAAGUACAAAACAAUUGUCCAUGGUACAUAUUUGUCGAACUGGAAUCAAAUAAAGAUACAAGGCUUGAGUCGCAUGGAAAGAAAGCAUAUACACUUUGCCAAGGGAACCUUAUCUGACCCUAAUGUUAUAAGCGGACUACGUAAAGACGCUCAAGUUUUUAUAUACAUAGAUUUAGAGAAAGCUUUGACAGAAGGUCUUAAAUUUUAUGAAUCUGAAAAUGGUGUUAUAUUGACAGAAGGUGAUGAACAGGGAUAUUUGAGGCCUGAAUAUUUCUUGAAAGUUACAAAAAAUACAGCUGUAUCCAUGAUGGACUCAACGUCUAGUCCCUGUCCAAAAAAAGUGCACAUCUCAGGAUUCCCAAGUUACACGCAGCCUCAAGAUCUGACCAAAGUGUUCACUCAAUAUGGGAAUGUGAAGGUAGAGAAAAUAACAAAAAAAUUUGCUGUACUGGCGUUUUCUACAGAAGAUGAAGCCAAUGAAGUGAUAGGAAAUUCUGGAAAGGUUAAUAUAUACGGUGAAUUCCUCACUGUAAAGCCGUUCUCGGGUAAAAUAGAACCGAACACGCCAAAAGGAGAAGGAAGAAAUAGGGAAAAAAGUGAACAUGGCACACCGAAGAGAGAGUUCCCAAAAACUAAACAAAAGGGGGGAUCAAUAGUAGAACCAAAUCUAAUAAAUCUCUCUGGAGACUUCUACGAGCAGCUGGACAGUGUGCUCAGCGCGGUGCGCCUCACUCAGGAGGAAGUGACCUCCCUCAGCCGCCUCUACGCUGACCUGGAGGUGGUCCUGCAACAAGCUUGGCCAGGUUGCAUCGCAAUACCUUUCGGAUCAAUAACCACCGGGUUGGGAGUGAAGACGAGUGACGCGGACUGCUUCAUACAGGUGCCGGGCUACUACCACCACGCGAGCGCUAACUACGUGAACAAGGCGAAGCGAAUCCUACUGAGAUAUCCAGACAAAUUCGACGAAAUACUAGCUAUCCCGAGAGCCAAUACGCCAAUCGUAAAAUUCUUCCACGUGCCAACAGCGACGAACUGUGAUGUCACCUUCAAAACUUUAUUGGGAGCUCAAAACAGUAAACUGAUAGCGUUCUUCCUUCACGCUGACCCACGACUCAUUCCUCUAGCGGUCAUGAUUAAGUACUGGGCUAAAGUCCACGGGUUCUCCGGCACCGGCAAACUGACCAACUAUGCUCUCACGAUGCUCAUCAUAUUCUAUCUCCAACAACCGCCAGUGUCCAUCCUGCCUUCGGUGGAGUGGUUGCAACGUGAUCCAGCAAAUGAUGUCAUAGUAGAUUCCUGGAACACAGGAUUCAUGCACGAAAUAGACAAACUGCCAAAAUCAACGAACACAUCCUCAAUAUCCGAACUUUUAGGCGGAUUUUUCCAAUAUUACUCUACAUUCAAUUUCGACGAGUACGUCGUGUGUCCGUUUUUGGGGUACGCGUUGAAGAAAGAUAUGUUCAAGGAUUACAAUUUGUUGCCCGAAGACAUGAAACGGUACAGGCAGAAUAUUCAGAAGCGAUUGGUCGGCCCUUUGAAGUUUACCAGGUCUAUAUGCAUCCAGGAUCCCUUCGAACUGUGCCACAACGUUGCCUCCGCUAUCAAUUCUAGGGUGUCAUCUGAAAUAAUAGCGUACUUCAAGUUCGCUGCCACUGCAUACGAUGACGAGAAGCUGAACAACUGCAAGGGGCUGUUGAAAACGAUAUUACUCCAAAAGCCCAAACUACCAAAAGGCAAAAACAAUCCCGAAUUCCGAACAGUUAUCUUCCCUCACUACAUACAUAAUAUAACAAACCCAGACUGGAAAUCUGUCGUUCGGGACGUGACUAUAUCCAUAUUUGAGGACAUAUGCAAAAUAAAACUGACGAAAGUGGAUGAGAAGCCCAAUCCAGAAGCGAAAAAGCAAAAAGAGAAAUAUACGGGCGUAGUCACUAAAGCGAUAUGGAAAAGGAAGCAGUUCAGUAAAUUGUACAACAUGAUGAAGAUAACUUUUACUGAAAAGCAAAGACGUAUUACUAAUGAGAUAAUGAAUGUUGACAAAGAGACAUUCAACAUUCAAAUCCAAUUAACGCUAACUUUUUCAAACGAGACCAAAACUGCAGUAGCGUCCUUAAAACAGUUGGAAGCGGACAAAGAAUUUGAGACAGGGAAUAUGUACAGGGAAUUCGGGAAAUUCUUUAUGUCAUUCAUGACAGGAUGGUUUAUAGUGCUGCUGAGGCCACAUCUGAAAAAGAAAGAGAACGCAGAGCAAAGCAAAGAAGAUAAUAAUGUGCAAAAUAAAGAAAGUGAAGUGGAUCUCAAUGUGGAUGUAACAGUGUCUGACGACGCCAGUACCUCGGGCAGUGACGACUCUAAACAUAAAGAAAACAAUAAUACAAGUACC